GCAGGCGCGUGUAGCUGACCACACUGUGCUCACAGCUAUGUGUGAAGACACACACAGCACGCCAAAGAAUCAGUAGCACUGAUUCUAAUGCUCGCUUUCUUCCAGGACCGAUCGCAUUGCAGACCCAUCCCACUCUCUCUCUCUUUCUCUAUCUCUCUCUCUCUCUUUCUCUCUCGAUCUUACACUCUGUUUCCCUGUAUCUCUCUCUUCCUUGUACUUGUACAAGCGUGUAGAGCUGGAAAGGAGGAAAAAAAAAACGUUCUCUCUUUUUCUCUCACUCUCUCGCUCUCACUCUCUCUUUCUCUCUAUCUUUGUGUCCUGCGGUGGGAUAAGCUGUGAGAGGAUGAGCCCCUGAUCCAGCGCUGGACCCGAAUGACCUGACAGCUCAAACUAACCUUAUCCAGUCAAGAGUUCUGCAAGCUGAAUCCCAGUUUCAGGAAGCAGUUGAGAGCAUCCAGUCUACACAACGAAACGUUUCUGAUCUGGUUGAUCAGGCACAGUUACUUGCUACGUUUAGAGUGGGGCUUCUCUCCUCAGACUCAUAGAUCUGUGUGGCGGCAGUGAGUAUUCACCACCGUUCAGCCAUAGCCUGCUGUACAUGGAGACCCCGAGCUGGGCAGAAACUAAACCAGGAAACGGGCUGUGUAAAACCGGAAACAUUGCUCUCUUUGGAAACGUAGUGUACAGUGGGCUGCUGAACGAUCACUUCUGGCAUUUUGGGGUUCCCCUUGUCACAAGACUGGGUAACCAGGAGGCACCAGCCCCUCCAGAGGCCAUGGCUCAGCCAUAUGCCCCGGCGCAAUACCCUCCUCCACCACCUCAGAACGGGCUGCCCGGGGAGUAUGCCCACCCCGGGCAGGAGUACACAGGGCCGAACCCGGUGCCCGAGCAUGCGGCUGCCCUCACCAUCUAUACAACCACACAGACACACAGUGAUCCAACUGGUACUGAGAACAGCACGUCUUCACUCACAGCACCCAGCAACGUACCACAGGCAGAUGAGGUGGCACAGACAGAGGUCUCCCAGCAGCUCCAGCUCCAGCCCUCAGACUCUUCGGAGAAGCAGCAGCCCAAGCGGUUACACGUCUCCAACAUUCCAUUCCGUUUCCGUGACCCGGACCUGCGACAAAUGUUUGGGCAAUUUGGGAAAAUUUUAGAUGUGGAAAUUAUUUUUAACGAGCGGGGCUCUAAGGGCUUUGGUUUUGUAACUUUUGAAACAAGUGCAGAUGCAGACCGUGCAAGGGAGAAACUAAAUGGUACAAUCGUAGAGGGACGGAAAAUUGAGGUAAAUAAUGCAACAGCACGAGUAAUGACAAACAAAAAAGUGGCUAACCCCUACACAAACGGCUGGAAGCUGAAUCCAGUGGUGGGAGCUGUCUAUGGUCCUGAAUUUUAUGCAGUUACUGGCUUCCCAUACCCAACUACAGGGGCAACCGUGGCAUAUAGAGGUGCCCACUUGAGGGGCCGGGGUCGUGCAGUCUACAACACGUUCCGUGCCGCACCUCCACCUCCUCCCAUCCCUGCUUACGGAGCUGUGGUUUACCAAGAUGGCUUCUAUGGUGCCGAGAUCUAUGGUGGCUAUGCUGCAUAUAGGUAUGCCCAACCAGCCGCAGCAGCUGCAGCAGCUUACAGCGACAGCUAUGGCAGAGUCUAUGCAACAGCAGACCCUUAUCACCACACGAUUGGACCUGCAGCCACAUACAGUGUGGGCACUAUGGCUAGCCUUUACAGAGGAGGGUACAGUCGCUUCACUCCAUACUAAAGACAGAAAAUUCAUCCCCAGACAAAACAAAAAGCAAACAAAAAUGCAAACAACCCACCUUCUCCUUUCCUGGGAAACUAAAUAGAACAAAAUGCUUCCAGGUUACCACCGAGCCCACGUUGCACACCCUUUCAAGUCCAACCUCUUAACAUUUGUGCAAUUUUCUCAUGUUUUCUCCGGUGUGUGUGUGUGUGUGUGUGUGUGUGUGUGUGUGUGUGUGUGUGUGUGUGUGUGUGUGUGUGUGUGUGUGUGUGUGUGUGUGUGUGUGUGUGUGUGUCACUGUUGUAUUGAUUUGGAAUCUGUUUUGUUUGUAUUGAAAUGUGUGGGCCAAGACAGGAGGGGCUGAAUGACAGCUUGUGGGGAGGAGAGGUGCUGUUCAAUGAGCUUUCUCAUUUAGUCUGGCCUUAGAUUUAUGGGCAUGAGCUCAGCUGAUUUAUGUUAUGAGGGAGUGAAGGGAGAGGGCCUCGCACUUUAUGUGUAUUACUCAGUGGCACUGCACUAAGCAACAUGUGCAAAGCAACUAUCCAGCCAGAAACACAAGCAUACUUAAUGAAUAUUGUACAUCUGUUAUAAUAUUUCAAUUUCUGUUUUACUUAAAAACUUGCUCACUGGCCCAGCUCUCUCUUCACCUUCCAGAAACCAAUGCAAUGUCUUCAUGCCAGUUUUAUCAUUUUUAUUAAACCCUUAUUCACAAACCCAUGUUAAUGUUAAUGUAAAGUAAGAUAUAAUUUACUGUUCACCCAAAUGUAUUCCAUUGCUACAGACCAGCAUAAUAUUUAAAGAAGUCGUAAAUGCAAUUAAUGUAGUUUCUCUUUUUUUAGGUUUUUUUUUCAUCUUUCAUGAAAUAUGCUGACAUUCUCAAGUGACUGACAAUAAAACAUUUUCUAAGCAUAUAUAAAUAAGAAACAUAAACUUUACCAUAAUUACAUUCAAAUCUAAAUAGAAAAAACAGUACUCUAUAAAAUCCCUUUUAGCGGAACAGAGCUAUUAUAUUCAAGUGCUCUGAGCAAGACUUCCCAGUACGAGUGUGCACUUAAUCACAGCUAUUAUCUCCAGCUCUUAUAUCAUUCUGUAAAUAAACAUAGAGUAUUAAUAUCACAAAGGGAGAGCGCUUUGGUACUACAUGGUCUGUUGCACCCUCUAGCUGAUAAAAUCUUGAAAUCCCGCUGCAGCUUAAAUGAAGACAGUGAAGGCAGAGCGGUGUGCUGUUGAAAUAUUCAUUGCUGUUGUGGCACACACUUCUUCUUAAAGGUCACUCUUGCAGUGAGAUGCUGAAAUACAAUCACGAGAUAAAACUGUUAAAAAAAAAAAAAAGGCAAAAAGUGCCAAGUAAGUUUAAAAUGAAAAACAAGGAGGCUUCCGUUUCCCUUGAGAUUGUGCACAUUUUGCAGAGAUGAAGCACCAUAGGGUAGUGAGCAACAUGCUCAGAUAUUGAUUUGCUGUUGAGGUACUUGUUAAGCGCUUGGUGUGUCCCACCAAGUCAUAUAUUUCUGGAACAUUAUUAGCUGGCCAAAAAUGUAUAGGUGGCUUCAGAACCCUUAAUAAGACAGCAAAGAUUUAAGAGUUCUUUCAAAGAGGAAGGGAGAGUGAGAUGAACGGGCCGGGUUUUAAGAAAAUCAAUCGAACCUUAUCAGACAUGGUCUGUACCUCCUCUCAGGUAAGAUCCAUAUGUUAACCAUGUCACACUAUCCUAGAUUGAAUCACCCCAAGAGAGUGGUUGUUACCUUUGAAAGGUAUUAAGUCUGCUUUCAUGAUUUUACAUGUGCAUAGCCCUAAAUAUGUGUAUAUUCUAGAGUUCUAGUAGUGUUUCGCAUGGAUUAUACCAUUUUUCCUCCCAGUGGAGAAGUGCACAGAUGAGAAGCUCUCUCAAGGUGACACUAUGCUCAGACCCAGCACUUUGUAGAAAGCCAGUGAUAAGACAAGCUAGACCUUUAGAGAACAUACUGUGAGAGAGAGUGUGUAAGAGAGAGAAAGAGUGGGAGAAGCCAAUAAUCCUUUCUGUGAAAUAGGGCCUCUCUCGUUUCCAAGUUGUUCAGGGCGUUGAUCAUGUCCCUGAGGCUCAGAAGCAGCUCACAUCCCCAUACACUGACACACACCCUGCCCAGUAAAUAGCUGCCUGCUCACUUCAAAUGGAAUAGAAAGGUGGGAGUUAUAGAAGAAAGGGAGAAAAGAUUCAGGACGGAGGGGCAGCAUCCAAAGCAAUUUACUCCACAGAUUAAAGAUAACACCAUUGAGUCAAUAACCACUGAUCUCAUUUGAAGAUACACCAGGCUUACUCUGCGCAUAGCGCUGCUGUUCGGCUCGUUCUAUUACCAUAGCAGUUGUGGCUUCAGACACACCAUUCUCCUACUAGACUGAAAUCACACACACCCCAUUGUAAUACAAUGAUUGGAUGCAGUGGUUCCCCCUCUUUGAAGAAAAAAGUCUACCAUGCAACAUAAUAUUUCACUUAAAUAAGUGUCCUCUUCACAGCCACCACCACCUCUCCAAAUCUAUGAGCUUUGCCUUCUUCUUUAAAGAUGAUUUUUGUUGUUGUUGUUGUUGUUUUGAUAAAAAAGAAAGAAAGAAAGAAAGAAAGAAAGAAAGAAAGAAAGUUUGCAGCUGAGCCCAACCCUUUCCUUACUACCAUGAUGCUAUUUAAAUAUUUAAUCCGUUUCUUAUGAACACUGCUAAGAUAAUGGUGGUAACAUCAAGUACAAUUAUUAACACAUUUAUCAUUGUUAAAUGUUAUUUUAAAAAUACCGAUACAUCAACAAAAUCAUUGUACAGUAAAAAAAAAUAAAAGAGCUGAAGUCUAAUUCAAAGACCAGGCAUUUUCAAUUUUGACACAGUAGACAUCAGUUUUAUUUGCUUUAUAAUAGAAUAAAUGCUUUUUUUUUUUUGGUGGUACCUCAAUACACAGUGCCUCCAAGCUGAAAAUGUUUCUAUCCUUUCUUAGAUAACAACCAACCUCUUUCUCUGUGGGAAUGGAAUACAAGGCUAGUGCUACCAAAAUGAAUGCUAACAUAAGCUGUAAAUAACACUGAAAUAUGUUCUACAUCCAUGCUUGCACUUUAUCAGUUUUAAACAGUUUCUUCUUCUUGUUGUUGUAGUUUUUUUUUAUUCCUCUAUGUACAUAUCCAUUUUUCUAACAAGGUCAAGACUAAAUUGAUAAGAAAAUGUAUACUUGUGUGUAACAAUAGAUGUAUUAGCAUAUUUAAGAAAGCAUAACUUUGCUGUAGUACUUCAAACUUAGAGAAACAAAGCAAACAAUGUAUUCUUCCUUUUAUAAAAUAAUAUUAUAAGCCUACAGAAAUUCCAUUGUGGAUUUUUAUAUAACUAUGUAAAAUGUUAAAUCAUAUUUCUUUAUACUUUUUUUUGAAAAGAAAAGAGAACUGAUAAUGUCUAAAUGUGUUAUAGUAAUAACUCUGUGCUGUGCAGUUGGGCUAUUUAAAUGUGUUUAUAUGAUGUUUUCAAACAACUUGAAGGUAUUAAAGCUGCCCUCUGACAUUGGUUUCAUUUUCAUUUCAAUUAAAGAUAGAUUUAAGAGACUACACUGUCAUUUUACCAACAAUAUCACAAAAUAACAGAAGUUACAUUUUUCUCAUAUAAUAAAGUCUUGCGUGUGUAAAAGCACAUUCAAAUUUGAUAAGCCAAAAACAAAUUAUGCACUCUAACAGGAUCUACAAAGAAUGGUGUCUUUUCAGUAGACACCAUUCUUGGGCCUAGUAGUAUGUCUUGUUCGUUGUGUGCAUUUUAUUUAAUAAGCAUGCUAUUUGGGGUUUUCCUACUUAAGGUGCAAAAUGCAAAUCAAUUAAUUUGGCAGCAACACUGUAAUUUACCAACCCUGAAAGUCACUUCAGGAAUGGCGAAUGAACAGAUUGAUAUGUCCAGAGGGCAUGGGGCAUUAAUAUUUCAAAAGUCUGUUUCCGCCAACUGAAAACAAGAUUAUGUUAUUUAUUAAGUCUUAAUAAUUAGCUGUAAAUUAUGUCUUAGAUACCUUGAAUUAUGACUUUUUAUUUCCUUAUUUCUGUGGUAUUAUUAAGUUUAUUAUAUAUUUACUGCGUAUUCAUACCUCACAUACAAACAACAUUUAAACAAAGCCUCCUAUGCCAACAGCAUCUAAAAAGUUUGCUUUCACAAAUACCUUAUUAAGAUAAUCCAUACUUACUGUAUGUCUACACACCUUUAUUCAUUUAUUCAUAACAUAUUUUAAUAUGUUUGGGUUUUUUACCUGUCUCACUUGUGUUUAGUCGGCACUAUACUUGAGUUUCCAUUCAGUUUACUCUUCUGGGAAUCUUUUGGAGAUCCAUAUUCACUGCAGCUGCCAGGAAUAUUUAGCACACGCAAGAAACCUCAUUUACAUAAUGUUUCCUCCCCCUACUUUGCAUAUGAUGUAACUCACACAAUUAUUCUUUGUAAAUCACCCGAAACACACCCACUAACUGCAUGCACAAUUUACCCUACUGCACACACAAAUGAGUGCUCGUUAUUUUGGAUUUUAGUCAAUCAGAGCCCAAAUUUUUAACAUUCAAACCAUUCCAAAUUGUAUGUUACUUUCCACUAGUUCAUUUCCAGAAUCCUUCCGAUACAUAACUAUGCAGAAAUGUACAAAACCUCCAUUUUGAUUUCAGUGGUUCUUACUAAAAACACUCAUUUUCAGUAUAGGCAUUUUGUCUAUAUUAAACAGAAUUAUAUGCAUCAUACUGUAUUAUUACUCAAUUAUAACUCCAUUAGCCAUUUGUGUGAUCCAGUAUUUAGAGUGUGAGGCUAAAUAGCGCUGAAAAAGAGAUGAGUGCUUAGAGGACAGUUUGCUGGCAUCAAAAUGAAUGUGUGAGCUUGCAGAUUGUCAUGAUGGAAGUCUUCAUUUUGCACGGAUGCUGCAGUGAGCCAUUAAAAGAUUGCCCUUCUAAUUGGCUCUGUUAAUGCAGUCAUUUGUAAGAUGGCACCAUGGGCCAAGGGCCAGUAGAAAAUGGCAGCAUCAUUUCUGUAAUCUCUUUUUUUUUAAUUAUGGUGACAAAAGUUAGUCACCAGUUUCAGUAAAGAUUAGCAAAGAUCAUUUGAGGGCUGCAAUUUGCCUGAAAUGUUUUGCAACGCAAUAAUAUAGUGAAAGUAUAUGGAUUGAUACCAUAUAGAAAUGUUGGCAUUAGAAAUGGCAAUAGAAAAGUUACAGCCACAUUUGUACACCUCAGAUAUGUGAAGCAAACAUGUAUUUGUAUUGCUGCUACAUACAGACUAUGUCAUUGAUGCACUUUUAAUUUAGUUAUGCAAAUGCAGAGUGAUUUUAAUUUUUAAUGUUUUUUUUUUCUUUCAUUUCAUCUUCUGCCAGGGGAUUUUUUUGUAAACGUUUUUAAAAAAUAAACAACAUAGGUACUUGUAUAACUAUAUUACACUAUUGGAUCCUCUUUUAUAUGUAUAAUCUGUCACCUGUGUAUUUGCUGCUUAGCUCAUGUGCAAUGUGCACUGGACAUUUUGAAUGUUUCAGAUCAUACUGUGUGUUGAAAACAUUGACUGAUCGUAAGAUUUUACACAUAUCUGUUGGUUAUGGACUCUGAAGAUUCUGUAGUUAUAGUUCUGUACACUUCUGUACAGUAUAGUAUUGUAAAGAUAUG